AUUACAGAUGGCUUCAGAAACAGAUCUAAGUAAACAAAAAGGGAUGGGAAUAAUAAGAAUUAAAAACCCAUAUAAAGAAGAAUCAAACUUCUAAUAUCAUAAAAUAGCUGAUAAUGUUUCACAAAAAUCACAAGACCUUCAUCUAAAAGCUAAUUAAAAGUUAGAAAAAUUUAUGAAAAAAUAACUUUUGAAUGACAAAGAGCCAUUGAAUUAAAUAAAACUUCUUAAAACAAUAGAAAAAGAGUAAAAUUAACUAAGUUAAGAGGAAUUAAAAAUUAUGAUGAAUUAAGAUGAGUAAAUAAAGACUUUGCCAUUUCUUGAUAUUAAAAUUAAAGAGGAAUAUUAUUAAAGAAAAAUUGAAUAUCGCAAUAAAAAAUAAUAAUUAAAAUAACUAUACCAAGUAUUAAAAUUACAAAACGAAUUAUUAGAAUAAGAAAAUGAGGAAUUAUAAUUAAAAAAAAAAUUAUUAGAAUAAGAACAUGAGGCAUUAAAAUUGCAAGAAGAAUAGUAUAAAAAUUAGUUCAAACAAGGAUAAUAACAAUAACAAAUUUAUAUUGGAAUCACCUUUAAAAAAACUAAAGUCUUAUCUGAAGACAAUUUAGAGUGUUCAAUUUGCUCACAAGAAUUCAAAAAUGGUGAGAAACUAGCUUUAUUGAACUGUAUCCAUAGAUUCCAUUAAAAAUGCUUUAAAUAAUGGAGGGAAAAAUCCAAUUAAUGCCCUUACUGCCAAUAUCGCAUUUGA